UGUAUCUAAUGAACACUUGAACGACCAUGGCGGAGCGCCCUCGCGGUGAGGAGCAGCAAAGAUCUAGUAGGCUGCAAAGGAGCAGAGUGAAGAAACUGCCCGCACUGAACUCGGGGAAAGCACCGGGAUGGAAACGAACUUGGUGAAAAAAUGCACACAAACCUGCCUUAUACUGGCCGACAGUAUUUGUCUGUCAGGGUCAGUAUUGCCUUUUAUUGGAGCCCACGAAAAUAAAGCCAGUAGACCGGCAACUUCGGUUUGUUUUUCUUUUCUUUCAAUGCAGCCUGAGUAAGAGUUCUGGAAAACUCGAAAACAUGCACCGGAGUUUGGGUUGCUUCGGUUGGUGCUAAAACUAGGCAGUGCAUGGCGUUGGCUUCUGGGUAUUACGCUGGAGAAAAUGGGGCGCCAGAGCCGAGAAAACUGGUUCGUCGGUGGGAACCAAAGAAGGCCGGAACAAAGUGUGGCUUGCUAAGUGCGGCUGCCGGAGGAGUUGGCCUGAUGGCACCGCUUGUGGCUGGAGAAAAUGGAGCAGUUGCGAGUGCUGGAGCUUUAUAGCGGCAUCGGGGGGAUGCACCAGGCGCUGCAAGCAAGUGGUAUACCUGCAGAAGUUGUUGUAGCUAUUGAUGUGAAUACAGUGGCAAAUGAAGUUUACAAGCACAAUUUUCCCACCACCUCUCUGUGGUCCAAGACAAUUGAGGGGAUAUCACUGAAGGAAUUUGACAGAUUAUCAUUCGAUAUGAUUUUGAUGAGCCCUCCUUGUCAACCUUUUACAAGAAUUGGCCGACACGGUGAUACCUCUGAUCCCAGAACUCGAAGUUUCCUCUAUAUUCUUGAUAUUCUUCCAAGGCUUACGAAACUACCAAAAUAUGUACUCUUAGAAAACGUCAAAGGCUUUGAAACAUCUACAGCCAGAGAUGAACUCAUACAAACACUAGGAAAGUGUGGAUUUACGCAUCAAGAAUUUCUCUUGUCUCCAACUUGCCUUGGCAUUCCAAACUCCAGGUUGCGGUACUUCUUGAUUGCACGGCUUCAGUCAGAACCUUUUGCCUUUCAUGCGCUGGAUAAGAUACUGACUGUUUUCCCAAGCUUGGAGCCAAAUGCUUCAGAGACAUCCAGAGACGCUACCAGGCUGGAAGAAAGUGGUUCCCCGGUCCCUACAAAAGAGGCAAGCUCUAGUUCCAAAGAUAACAGGCAGCAGUGCCGGCAGAAGGAGAACAUCCUCUUUAAGCUUGAAACAGCUGAAGAACUAGAAAGGAAGCAACAAAAGGAUAAUGAUGUCUCUGUUCGAAUGCUAAAAGAUUUCCUCCAGGAAGACGGCGAAGGACUGAGUCAAUAUUUCCUACCACCAAAGUCCUUAUUACGCUACGCUUUCCUUCUAGACAUUGUGACACCCGCUUGCAGGAGAUCAACAUGCUUCACAAAAGGGUAUGGGCACUAUAUAGAAGGAACUGGCUCGGUAUUGCAGACAGCAGAGGAUGUUCAGCUUGAAUCCGUAUUUAAAUCGUUUGAGACUUUGUCCGAGGAAGAGAAGCUUAUGAAGCUGUCAACCCUUAAGCUGCGGUACUUUACUCCAAGGGAAAUAGCAAAUCUUCACGGGUUUCCGCCUGAAUUUGGUUUAGAGUGUUUGCUUUUUGGAUUGAAAUUCAGAGUGGAAAAAAUAGCAACCAUAGUCGAUGCAGCUGUAAAUUUCUGGCCACUGUCCAAUACAUUUAAAAAUGCAUGUAAGUGGCCCAUAAUCACAGUUCAUAUUCUCUUUGGGUAUUAGGAAUGGAUUUAUUAGUGCUUCCUCCUUUUGGUUGCAGCAGAUGCAGUUAUCGUACGGAGCCAUAAACUAUCCUAAUUGUUUUAUCAUAGUCAAUGUUAAUAGGUCUCCUAAGAUUGCUGAAACAACAUCAUUAGGAUUGACCAGGAUGCGCUUGCACCUGUGGCUUGCUUUCAAAAGAGUGACAUCAGAUUAUUUAGAAAGCUUUUUCCCCCACAGGUCAGAGAGCAAGAGGAACAGAGAGAAGGGCUAAGGUGGGUGGUUCAGUGGCGUAGUUGAAAACCACACGGAAAAAAAAAAUUCACUAUGCAGACUCUGUUGGCAGGCAAGAGGUCUUGUGGAGCUUUGUGGCUAAGUUUGGAAUUGAUUGGGUGUAGUCCCUCCUCAGCCCUCAGAACACAGAAUAAUUUUAUGUUUUAUUAUAUUUAAAGAAAGACAGUGGUUCUGUUUGCCAAACCACAAAGAAGAAUGGUGAACAGCGCAAGGAGCAUUCUACAUUUUAGAGGAGCAAGUCCUGUACAAAGCGUUAAUUUGCAAACCAUGAACUAAAAUGUGCCUUAUUGGAGUGCAUGCUGGUUUUUUUAUACUUCACGGGACAGGUACUAUAGAGAUAAUGGGUUGUACCACUUCCCUCCAGAAGUGGAGCCUUCCUCUGGUGAAGAAUGCUCCUUGUGUUGGAGGAGGGUUCUAUUGUAAGCUGAGCAGAGUGAGAGGAGGCAAGAGUGGCUGUAUGUGGAUGCAGACUAGACCUAGUUCAGUAUUCACUGCAACUCAGGUAAGUUUUGCUAAUAACUCCAAUAUGUUCUAGAGCAGACCAAGAAAAUGGAACAUUUACAUAACAACUAGUCAUUGCAUUUAGAAAAAUGUCACCAAGUCCCUACGAUCAAGACCAUGAACAGUAGGCUGGUUUUUGCUUUUUUCACUAUGAGCUGUGUUUAUUUUAGAUUUUCCUGGAAAUGUAACCAUGAAGCAGUGUUACCGUCUGCUGGGGAACAGUCUCAAUGUGCACGUGGUUGCAAAAUUAAUCUCAGUUUUGGUUGGAUAACGUUGAAAUGCAACAUGGUUGGGGGCUGCCCAGUGAGCGUUCUGCUGUGGAUUUCUCAUUUGGAAGCUGAUUAAAACGGAUCACCAUGGACUAUUUGUAAGGCUUCUCAUGUUUAACUUUUAUAACAAAUACCAGUCUCACAAAUACAUCUCAUUUACUGUAUGUGGCUGUCUUAUGCGUUAUUAAAAUGUUUUUAUGUUACAGUUUGUGAAUGCUGAAAACUUCAUGGGUUCAUGUAACAAUAGAAUAUCUAUAAGGAAUUGUGGAUGUCAGUUUUCAUAAUAAUGUUUCAAUAAACUAUUUUAUAAGAAAA